AUGGAAAAGAAACGUAAUUCAGCUGUUGAUGGUCCUUUAUCAUCUUCAAUGAUUUUAGCUGCUGAUAAGACACAAUAUGAAAUGGCAACUGAAGACUAUGAAAAUACUAUAUUAGUAUUAUUAAAGAGUAGAUUAUUAUUAAAGAAAAUUAUUGAACAAAAAAUGUAUCAAGACCGUAUUAAGAGAGGUAACUUAACUGCUAAAGAAAUUUCUGACCUUUUGAAAAAUCAAGGUGAAGAAGAAGAUGAAGAUUUCAUCUUAAAAAUUACUGAUCUUAGAAGAACAUUAUUGAAUGAAAUUAGAAAGAAUGCAGGACUUGAAAAAGAUAUUCAAGACAUGGAAAUGAGAAUUACUUUAUUAGUUCAAAAUGCUGGUGCUGUAUUAACUAAAGAAAAGAAAAAGAAGAAGAAGGUUGCUGAAAAUGCCCAAGUCAAAGAAACUAUUUCAAAUGAUAAACUUCAGUUAUAUGGUAAUUUGUUUUAUUUACUUCAAUCUGAUCCAGUCUAUGUAGCUCGUUUAAUCAACUGUAUUUCACAAACUGAAUCUGAUGUUAGAGAAAUUGUAGACUCAAUUAUUUUGACAUUGUAUGGUAAUGCUAUGUCAGAUAGAGAAGAUUAUUUGAUUUUAAGUGCUAUUAAAUUGGCUUUAGAACAACAAAUGUCUACAUUGACAUCUCUUUGGACAGCCAUUCAAGACCAAUCAGUUAUUCCUCAAAUGAUUAUUGCCUAUACUAAAAGAACACAAGGAAAAACAUUUUUAAAUGAAGUAUUUGGUCCAUGUAUGCAAAGAUUUAAUAGAGAAUUUCCAAGUCAUAGAAAAUUAAAUCUUGAUGGAAAGAAAAUUUUAGAUGAAUUAAUCAAUGAAACAGAACAAGCUACUGGAGUUAAAUCUAAUUUAAGAAAUGUUCCAGUUGAUAAAAUUCAAGAUGAACCAGAAAUUAAGAAAAUUAUUUCUGAAAGAGUUACAUCAUUAAAAGAAGGUUGUAACAUCUUCUAUGAUACUAUUAUUUCUGCAAUUAAUAAAUACCCAUAUGGUUUAAGAUAUUUGUGUAAAGUUAUUAAUGAGAAUUCAAUGGAAGCAUUCCCUAAUACUACAGAAGCAGAAUUAUUAUCAUAUACAGGUUAUUUCAUGUUCUAUAGAUUUGUUGGUAAUUAUAUUGCAUCAUCAUCAAAUGAAACUCAACAAGGAUUUGAUGCCAUUCAAAAUAUUUUGUUAAUUAAUAAGAUUCUUCAACAAUUAUUCCAACAACAAAGUCCAUUCCCAGUUAAUGACACUAAUAAAUGGAUGGUUCCAAUGAAUGAUUGGAUUUCUGAACGUUGUGAAGCUGUUAAAGUCUUCUUAAAAGAAUUUACUGAUGUAGAACCACCAGAACAAAAAAUGCAAAUUGAUAAAUAUAUGGCUUUAAUUCAAGACGUUAAACCUACUAUUCUCAUUGAACCAACAGAAAUUUCUAUGUUCCAUACAGAAAUUAGAGAUCAUUUAGAUGAUCUUGCACCAAAUAAAGAAGAUCCUUUACAUAGAAUUAUUGAUGAAUUAGGUGAUGUCGAACAAUAUAACUCUAACGAAACUGUUACACUUACACUUACUCCAAAAUAUAUUUCACAAUCACUUGAAGAUGAAGACCAAACUCUUUAUAAUAGAACUAAGAGUUUAAUGCUUGGAUUCUUUAAAGUUAUUGCUAAUUCUGAUGCACAACCAGUCACUCUUGAAGAUGUAUUAUCUGAAACAGAAAAAAUUGCUAAACAAAAGAAUAAUGAAACAGCAUUAAAAAAUAUCGAAGAAGUGAAAAAGAAUAUAAAAACUCUUGAAGAGAAAAAUUUAGUUUCUAAAGAAGAUGGAUACAAAACAUUACUUAAAGAUGUUGCAUUAGAAAUUGCUAAUAGAGCUGAAAUUAAAGAACAACAACAAAAAGAAUUAACUCGUCUUGAAGUUAGCAUUAAAGCUACCUUAAAGAAACAAAAAGAACUUCAAGAUGUUUUAGCAUCAUACAAAGAUUAUUGUCAAACUUGUGUCCAAAGAGUCUUCCAAGGAAAGGGAAAGAAAGGAAAGAAAACAACAGAAGGUAAAUUAUUUAAACCUAAAGAAUAUUCAUACAAUGAUUUGGUUAAAAAGGGUGUUAUUGUUUCAUCUGUUAUUCCUAAAGGAAUGAGAAAAAUGACAAAAAUUAUUAUCUCUUCUGAAGAAGUUGGUGUAUUUAAUGUCCAAGUUAAAUUACCAGCUAUUGCUUCAGAAAAUGUUGAUAUUAAAUUAGAAGAAUUACUUGAAAUGAGGGCUAAAGGAACAAGGACGUUAGACAUUAAUUCACAAAUGGAAUUAGAUGUUAAUAUGACUAUUUAUGUCAUGAACCAAUUAAUUGCAAAAUGA